GUCACGACGCAAUCAUGCAGCAGUCUUCCCUUUUCUCUCUCUCUGUCUCUGUCGGUCAGCCAUCCCUCCAUCCCUCCCUCCACUGCCCGGACCCUCUCCCUCCUGCCAGGCGCCCAUGAGCCCACCAGGACCCCCGCAACUUUGCAACUGAAGCUUCUCCGAGAAACGUCUAGAAAAUUGACCCCGCCCCCCCGCAGCACCAUGACCAGGAAGGUGUUCACCAACACCCGCGAGCGCUGGCGCCAGCAAAACGUCAACAGCGCCUUCUCCGAGCUGCGCAAGCUCAUCCCCACGCACCCGCCCGAGAAGAAGCUGAGCAAGAACGAGAUCCUGCGGCUGGCCAUGCGCUACAUCAACUUCCUGGCGCGGCUGCUGGAGAGCCAGGGCGGCGGCUUGCCGUCCGCCGCCGACCACGCCCCCGCCGCCCUGCUCACGCUGCUGCGGGGCAACAUGGAGCAGCUGUGCUCGCCCGCCCGCCGCCCGUGGAGCCUGGCCAGCGACACCGAGGCGACCUCGCCCGGCUCCAGCUGCGGCAGCUCCGAGGCCUGGUGAGGACGCCCGGACCCGCCCGGUCGGGUCUGACCUCGCAUCCCAGUGGACUGCACGCUCGCAGCUGGAAGUCAUUUAUUCCAACAGGGGUGCUAAUUAGUCUGAAUGUUGGCCCACGAUUCAUGUGUUCAUCGUCAGCUCCGUGAUGAAAUGUGACACCUCUUUCAUCAGUUAGCAUUUAAAGGCCUACUGAAGUGCCCCAUCCAUCCAUUUCUACCGCUUAUUCCCUUUCGGGGUCGCUGAGAUUUUCUUAUUCAAACGGGGAUAGCAGCUCCAUUCUAUGUGUCAUACUUGAUCAUUUCGCGAUAUUACCAUAUUUUUGCUGAAAGGAUUUAGUAGAGAACAUCGACCAUAAAGUUGGCAACUUUUAGUCGCUAAUAAAAAAGCCUCGCCUGUACCGGAAUUAGCAGACGAUGUGAGCGUGACGUCACGGGUUGUAGAGCUCCUCACAUCUGAACAUGGUUUAUAAUCAUAGCCACCAGCAGCAAGUGCAAUUCAGACCAAGAGAGCGACGAAUUCCCCAUUAAUUUGAGCGAAGAUGAAAGAUUUGUGGAUGAGGAAAGUUAGAGUGAAAAAAAAAAAGAAAAGGCGACGGCUCCAGGCGGCGGCAGUGCGAGCGAUUCAGAUGUAAUUAGACACAUUUACUAACAAUAGAAAAGCGCGAUAUAAAUCUCAUCCAUCAUUAUUAUUAUUAUUAUUAUCUGCUUAUUGUGUUAAUCAUGUUUUAGUAAGAUUAUAAAGUCACACCUGAAAGUCGGAGGGCUGCGGUGAACGCCAGUGUCUCUCAGAGGAGCCAAGAUCACAGCUGCCUUUUUUGACAGCUACAGGAGGAGGCCGCAUAAUCCACUGAAGUCUCCGGUAAGAGUCGACUUAAUAUCACAAUUUUUCCCAAACUAAAUCAACAAUAGACAAAACAAAUUACAAUUACACAAACAAAAUCAACAGACAAAAAAAACUUACAAUAACACAAACCAAAAUCAACAACAGACAAAACAACUUACAAUUACACAAACCAAAAUCAAUAAUAGACACAAAAACUUACGAUUACACAAAAAAAAAAAUGGCUCCAGGCGGUGGCAUUGCGAGCGAUUCAGAUGUAAUUAGACACAUUUACUAGGAUAAUUCUGGAAAAUCCCUUAUCAGGGCCGGCAUGGCGUAGUGGGUAGAGCGGCCGUGCCAGAAACCCGAGGGUUGCAGGUUGGCUUCCCACCAAUUGACAUCCAAAUCGCUGCCGUUGUGUCCUUGGGCAGGACACUACACCCUUUGCCCCCGGUGCCGCUCACACUGGUGAAUGAAUGAUUGGUGGUGGUCGGAGGGGCCGUAGUCAGUCUACCCCAGGGCAACUGUGGCUACAGAUGUAGCUUACCACCACCAGGUGUGAAUGAAUGAUGGGUUCCCACUUCUCUGUGAGCGCUUUGAGUAUCUAACAAUAGAAAAGCGCGAUAUAAAUCUAAUCCAUUAUUAUUAUUAUUAUUAUUAUUAUCUGCUUAUUGUGUUAAUCAUGUUUUAGUAAGAUUAUAAAGUCAUACCUGAAAGUCGGAGGUGAACGCCAGUGUCUCUCAGAGGAGCCAAGAUCACAGCUGCCUUUUUUGACAGCUACAGGAGGAGCUCGCAUAAUCCACUGAAGUCUCCGGUAGGAGCCGACUUAAUAUCACAAUUUUCCCAUUCGAAAACUUGCUGGUUGACGUCGAGAAACAUGUUGGCUUGACCGUUCUGUGUUAAAGCUUCACAACAAAGAAAGAAACACCGGCCGUGUUUCGGUGCUAAAGGCAGCUGUAAUCCACCGCUUUCCACCAACAGCAUUCUUCUUUGACGUCUCCAUUAUUCAUUGAAGAAAUUGCAAAAGAUUUAGAUGUCCAAAUUACUGUGUAAUUAUGCGAUGAAAAGAGACGACUUUUAGCUGUGUGUGGUGCUGAGCUAGUAUGUCCCCUCCAACCAAUAACGUCACAAACACACGUCAUCAUUCCGCGACGUUUUCAACAAGAAACUCCGCGGGAAAUUUAAAAAAUUGUAAUUUAGUAAACUAAAGCGGCCGUAUUGGCAUGUGUUGCAAUGUUAAUAUUUCAUCAUUCAUAUAUAAACUAUCAGACUGCGUGGUGGCUAGUAGUGGCUUUCAGUAGGCUUUUAAAUGGUUCAGCGCUAUUCUGCCUUCAAGGUACUCAAAGCGCUUUGACAUUAUUUCCACAUUCACUCAUUCACACACACAUUCACACACUUGAUGAAAGGCCCAAACCACAACGGACGUGACGGGGUCGGUAGAAGGUGGGGAUCGAACCAGGAACCCGCUGUUUGCUGGCAUGGCCACUCCCCCCCUCCAAUUUAUUGAUCUGCACUGAAUUGCUCUCAGCAUCUUUGACGGACAAACUGUAUCAAAUGGAUAUUACUCCCCAAACAUCGUGACUGCCAAUUGGGGGGAACGCCUCCAAAAGCACUUUUAAGUCCGGCCCACUGAGGAGAACCUGCACUGAUAUUUCUUUUCCGUUUGUUUUUUGUACAGUUUGCAUUCUGGUCUAGCCAAAGAUUGUUGAGAAGUGAAGAGGGCGCCAAUGAGACACUUUGUUUUUUUGUGUAACUUAUUUUUCUGUGAAAGUUGUUAUUUAUUUGAACUAUUUAUUGAAUAA